UUGCCGCCCAGGCUAGAUUGCAGAGACGAGGAGAUCUCCAGACACGAGAGAGGAGAGGCUAUAGGAAGAGCAGAAAAGCAAUGCUACGACAAGCACAGAGCUGAAAGGGAGAAGGGCACCAGAAGAGGAGACACCUGACGGGAGACGCUCCGAAAGGGGAGGCGAAAAAACAACAACAGGGUCUAUCGCAGACUCGGUCCUUUCAGCUAGGCGUAGCGAAGCGUUCUCUUCAAAGACCGCUCCAAUGAACAUGUCAGUGUUGACUUUGCAGGAAUACGAAUUCGAGAAGCAGUUCAACGAGAAUGAAGCGAUUCAAUGGAUGCAAGAAAACUGGAAAAAAUCUUUCCUGUUUUCUGCUUUAUAUGCUGCCUUUAUAUUCGGUGGUCGGCAUCUAAUGAACAAAAGAGCAAAAUUUGAACUAAGGAAACCAUUAGUUUUGUGGUCUUUGAGUCUCGCAGUUUUCAGUAUAUUUGGUGCUGUUCGAACGGGUGCUUAUAUGGUAUAUAUAUUGAUGACCAAAGGACUGAAACAAUCAGUUUGCGACCAGAGUUUUUACAAUGGACCAGUCAGCAAAUUCUGGGCAUAUGCAUUUGUGCUAAGUAAAGCACCAGAAUUAGGAGAUACAAUAUUUAUUAUUCUUAGGAAACAGAAGCUCAUCUUCCUUCAUUGGUAUCACCAUAUUACAGUACUACUUUAUUCUUGGUACUCUUACAAGGACAUGGUGGCCGGUGGUGGCUGGUUUAUGACCAUGAACUAUGGAGUACAUGCAGUCAUGUACACAUAUUAUGCCUUGCGGGCCGCGGGCUUCAGAGUAUCACGCAAAUUUGCCAUGUUUAUCACCUUGUCACAGAUCACACAGAUGUUUGUUGGCUGCAUAAUCAACUACCUGGUCUUCGCCUGGAUGCAACAAGGCCAAUGCCACUCACAUGUUUACAACGUUGUUUGGUGUUCCCUCAUGUACCUCAGCUACUUUGUGCUCUUCUGUCAUUUCUUCUUUGAGGCAUAUAUUGGCAAAACAAGGAAAGCAAGGAAGGCUGAGUAAUGCUAGGAAUACUGCUAAACCACCGCUCAGCUCAUCGACCAAACCACAAACACAAAGUAAAACAAAAAUGGCACAACAAAAACCAUUUAUAUGUGGUGCAAGUAAAACUCAGCAGCUGUGGACCAAUAGGUUUGUUCAAACCAAUAAAUUUAUGAUCAUGUUAUGGUAAGGACUCAAGAAAUGAUCUUACAUCUUAGCAGGCUGCUAUAAGACAUCUUCUUUUUUGCAUCUCUUAAAAGAAGCAAUCUUGCAUUUAGAAAAUAAAAGGAGAAGAUCAGAAUUUUACAAAAUAAAAUAAUAAAAUAUAUGAUUUCCCCGAUCAUAGAUAACCUUUAUUUUAAAUGAAAUUUAUUAUAUUCUUUCUAACUUUUGUUUUUAAAGAUAUAAAACUUGAACAAAAUUUAAGAAGAGGAAACAAGUAUUCUGUAUCCUAUGAAAUAUACAAAACUGCCUUAUGCUGUCAGAGCAUGGUUCUUUUGAGUUCCAACUUCUCUAUUCUGACCAGCAGCAGUUUCACUAACCUUGGGAAAUGCCCUGCGAGCCUGGUUUUAUACACACACACACACACACACACACACACACAUGAAUCCAAGGAUUAAACCUUGGGCAUUUCUGCAGGCAAAGUAUUUGCUCUCCAAUUAAGGAUCCUUCCUAUACAAUGCCAGUAUUUCUGUAAAGUGGGAAAAAGCUCCUUCUUGAAAAGGUCGUACUCUAGGAAGCCAAAUUAUAAAAAAAAAUUAAAGGUUCCUAUCAAAGCUCUUAUUAGGGCAGCCAUUUAAAAUCCACCGAAGCACUACAUGAAAAAAAUUGUAACUAUGGGUGCACAAGAGCAGCAUGGGUGCCUGUGUUCAUAUAUAUUCUGUAUUAUGCUGUCAGAGGCUCUGGUAUGUCAGUUAAAUUUAAGAUUUAGAAUUCAAAAAAUCUUGAAGAUUGAAUGCUUUCUUGAGAAAUGCAUUAAAAAGCAUUGAUUCAAGUGUAUUUUGAGUCUAAAACAUGGCCGAGAAUAGUUGUAAUAUUGAGUCAAUUAUUUCCAUUUGCUGGAACUAUUGAUAAUGGAGAGCAGGAGAAGGAGAGAGAGAAAAGAGAGAUAGAAAAAUGGCCCUUCACAAUAAAUCAAUUUGCAGAGAUCUUUUCAGCUGCUGUGCUGUAAUGCUAUCCUACUGUUUGAGAUACAAUUGUUCGCUCUUCAUUUAGUUGGUGUAUGUCAUCUGAAUCACUUUAUCCAAAGUUAUUUCUAUUAGCCAGAAUUGUUCAAAAUAAGGGAAUGCAAAUGUUGCAGUAAGGCUGGUUUUUGAACAACGUUUCCUGCUUCCAAUAUCUUCUCUUUCUUCCUGUUGAUUCCAGCGAUGGCUCACAGCUCAUGACCACAAGUCAUUGUUAAGAGAACUUGUAAUUUCUUUACCAUAGAUCAUAAACAGAGGUACAGUUUUCAUUGUUGUAUGCAAAUUGCUGCUCCUACCAAACAAGUCUAAGGCUCCAAAACUGAGGUGGGACCAUCAUAGGGAGAAAAAAAUAGAAGCUAUCCUAAGAUGAUAGAGCCCGAAGAUACAUCAUUAAGUGCAAUUGGAAUGAAAGGUACAAAGACAAGCAAAAAUUAGCUUUGGAGAUAUAUUAGUAUUAGAGAGAUCAGGAAACAGAUACUGUGGUAUGGUACGUAUUUUAUAUUUUUAUGGACUUCAAAGAAUAGAUAUCUACAACUUUAAAUAAUAUUUUACAGACUGUAUGUGACUUUAGCUAACACUGUGCUUCUGUAUUUGCUUCACAAGCAAUGCAAAGAUGUUUAAAGUGCCCUCCUGUGGCCACUUAGAGAUACUACUCUAGAAGGCAGACCAUGCAAUCAUACUGCAAGCUUUGAAGAGGGCAAAUCCUGAAUGGAAUGGUUGUGCUGCAACAAAUUAAUGUAUAGACAAACUUCAUGCUCACUUUUUAAAAAAAAAAAAUCCAUAGGAAAACUAUACUGUAGCAUCCUUGAUUGCUUAAAAAGACAUCUGGUUCUUCAGUCAGCUGCAGAUAAAAAGAUGCCACUCUGAACCUCAGAGAAAUAGCUGAAAAGAGCCAUAUUUUCUGCAAAGAAAAAGUAGAUUGUAUUACCUGUAAGAUUUCAGUCCUUACAAAGCCAAAUAAAAUAUAUAACAUUCCUAAUACUUCAGAGAAACAAGUAUGUAAAUUUAAUGUUGCAAGUGUAUUAGCAUAAUGUUUUCUCAUUUCUAUGUUUGAUUCUUUUUAACAAUUAGAAGAACUAGAGAAACAAUGAAAAGCUGCUGUUUUACGUAUGGAAUCAAACGUACAUGUAACUACAUAUAUAAUCCUUACAUGACUUGUCCCAAAAAAAAUGGGGCCAGGCAGAAUAACUUUUUUUUUCUAAUGGAAAAUGUUGUCAACUUUCUUACUUUAACCUCAGACUACAUAGUAAUACCGUACAUAGUAAUUUCACCUUGAUUUAGUUUCAACUAUGCUGUCUGUCAUUCAGGACUCAAUGUAAUAACCCUGUUAGACAUAAAGGGCUUUCAAUGUUCCAUGGUGUCCAGGAAAACUGCUACAUGCUAUGACUGUAUGUGAAGUGUAUUUGGGGGGUGGGAAUGGAUGUGGGAUUGAGAAGUUCUCUAGGGCUUAAUCAUAACUGUGAAAAAUUGGAAAAAAAAGUUUGUAGCUGUGUCAUUUAAAUUAUUGCUGUUCUGACAUUGUUACACACUACAAGAAUAACAAAAUAUUAUAUUAAGUAGAACAUAAAGAUAUAAUAGUAAAUUAUAGAGCUUAUAGGGUACAUGGGCAUUAAAUUAAAAUGUAGACAAUGUUAUUUGAAGUUGGGAGGGCAAGAAUUAUAUUCCACAGUAAGCCUUCCUUUGCUUUCUGCUCCCACAACUAAUAUUUGAAGCAAAACUAAAGUGUGGAAAAGUUGUGGGAAGAAGUAGUUGGUAGUUUGCAGCUGUGCCCUUACCAUAUGCAUCUUUCAUGUCUCUCUUAAUCGUUUUCAUUAUAAGCUGAUCUACUACUCAUUCAUGGAAAAUUUACUUUUUAAAAGAUGGUAUUUCACAAGGGAUGCUGAGAAUUUUAUUAUUUUUGCUCCCCGUAACCAAAGGAAUGGACUACAUCAGUGAAGAUCAUUGAUUUAAAAGUUUUUUUCCUGUUUUACUCUAGUAUUAAUAAGAGUGAUAAGCAACCAUUUAAAUUCUUUCUUCAAUAUAUCACUUGUGAGAAUGCUUUGACAGGGCAGUUCUGAGAUAGUUGUUCAAAUGCACAAUGUCACAGAACUCGAACAGCAUUCCAGCCUUAUUCCUCUUCCAUUAAAGCAGUUGUGGUUUAUUUUUCAAAGGGGAAGUUUGUUUAUUGUUAUUAGAAAGAAAAAUGAGAAAAAUGGAUAUUGCACUGUAAUAAUUGUAAUAAUUAUAAUAAUAAUAGUAGUUAUAAGAUGAAAAUUGUUAUAAAAUGAACCAGAAGAAAAACAGGCGUCUUUUGUCCAGAAUAGGUGUAUUCUGUCCAGAACCAAAAUAUUUAUAUCCCAACUCUCCCAUUCAAAUAACUGGCUCUGAAAAUGUGUGAGGCGAUAGCUAGCUAGUACCCCCGCCUUUUUUUUUCUGUAUUUAUAAAUGAGCAUUUUGCAUAUUUUUGCAAAUAUACUGCAGUGCGUAAUGGCCUAAUAUUUGUCACUUAGAUAUUCUUAUAAGAAUAAAUUCAGCUAAGUUACUGUUUAGUAACUGGGUUAAAUUAUUGCAAAAUCUGCAAAAUAUUUUUUCCUUAUUGGAAAGCUAAUUGGAAACCUUGAUUCCUGAAGUUCCAUAAACAGAUUAUAAUGUUUGCUGAGUCAUUUGUAAUGUUCUUAAUAGUUGCCCAUCCACAGAAUCUCGCUUUAACCAUUUAGGUCACCAAAAUAUAGUGAAUAAGUUAAAUAUACUUGCAUGAUCUAUUCUUUAGACCUAAAGAAGCUACAGAUUCUGCAAAUCACCCAAACAUGUGCCAGCUAGCUCAUCUAGAAUAUACCCAAUCCAGUGCUGAUGAUCCCAUUUUAAACCAUAAAUUAUAUUGAGGCAAGUUUUGCAUUGUCAUGGUAAACUUUUCUUGUUGAGCAAGUGAAUUCAUUCAUUCGGUCUCAGGGUAAGCACUCACCUUAUAUGGCCUAAAUCUAGAAAGAUUUGAAUCAUGCUUAAGCAUGCUAAUAUCAGUGGAUUUGUCUGUCUUGGCUGAGCUGAUAUAGAAAUAGGAGACUUACAAAUAUAUAGAGAGUAGAGCAGAUAAAAAGAAGACCUCUAAAAGGGGAUCAGUGACUGUGUGAACAUGACUGCUCUGCAUUGCCUUGCAUGGGAAGAAUCUCCCAUGCAGAAAUAGAUCUUAAGAUUUUGUAUUUCUGGAGAAUGGAGAAGUGAAUAGUUUGCAAGGCUAACCAUGCAGUCAUAUUGUGUUUAUGCAAAACCAAGAUCAUCUUAGUUCAAGGGGUGGUUUAUUUCCCAAUAAAUUGUCCAUACAUGUCCACACAUUCUCAGGCCUGCUAAAAUUUGUCUCAAUUAUUUAUCCCGAUGGUCAGUUUGCAUACCAGCCACUUACCCAUCUUAAAAAGUAAUUUUACUCCCCCCCCUUUUUUUUUUAAUGAAAGCUUAGCUUAUUUGCAUCUAUUCAGAAAUAGAAGUUAUAGCUGAAAAAUAAGUGAUGAAAUAGAUUUUUAAACUAAAUGGUAUGUAACACAGUACAUACAAUGCCAUUAUGUUGAAAUAACAUUAAGGUCUGCAUCUUAAUGAUCCCAAAAAAUAUCCGGAUCAGCGGUGAGGGUUGACGAGCCAAAUAGAGAGGAAAAGUGUUUCAAAGCCACAAUUAGCAGUUUUCUUGCUCUGUUUGCCAGCAAUUGGAAAUCUUGACCGUUUCUCUCCCUCAUCGUAAACUGUCCGGGAGCUUUUCUUCUUGCUUAGGUCCAGUUUCUUUCAAAGAAGAAUAUUUAAUAUAACCGUCUUAAGAGAAAAGCAUGUGUUUGACCACUAAAAACUCAAUUUCCCAUAAUAAAUGUAAUUAAUUUAAUAAUUUUCUAUAACACAUGACACUUAUCCUGAAGGGCAUUUCAUCUGAUAUUUAGAUAUUCACCAGGUGAAAUUCCUAAACAUUAUAUUUGCUGGGAUUUUUGAGAUGUACAGCAUACUGUAGAUCCAUCAUAAGGAUGCCAAAGGGCACUUCAGAGAAUCCUCCUCUACAGGAGAAUACAGUUGUAAGAAAUUGUUAUCAUUCAGAAUUCCUUGACAUUGAGGAACAAAUUAUUUUCCCCACCCUUGGUUUCCCUAAUUCAGCAACUCCUGAUUAAAUCCUACUGAAGCAUUCAUUUGGAAAUUUAUUACUAAUUUACCGCAUCUGUUAAACAUUGACAAUUUAAUUUCUUCCUGCUGUUAUUCUAUUCCCCGUGAAAAGAUUUUGAAAAACAUUCAUCCGAGUUUUCAGUAUGAUUGUUUUUAUUUUUAUGAAAACAACGAUUUCCCUUUUGAAGAAAAAAACCAACCCAGUUUGGUUAAAAUGGCCCAGAAAUAAUCAUUGCUAGUUUUGAGUAAGCCUGUAAAAAGAGUGUGUUAGUAAACAAAAAUGAAAAAUGAAUCUAUACUCUGAAUUUUUACUAUCCACCUUUUAAUUGUUUCUUGCACAAUAAAUAUAGGCACUCUGUUUUCUAUUUUUAUAUAUGUAGAUAGGUCAUGAUCGAGGAGGAUAUCAUUAAAUGCUGAUGAGGAUCAUAGUUGUAACUAGUACCCCUCGGAAAGAAAAGAUAUAGUAGGCAGGGAUGAGGUCUUAUUUUUUCACAGAGCCAUAAGUCAUUCAUAAGCAAGCAGGGGUCUCUAAUGCCUAGAACAGUGGUGUGAAACUCACAGCUUCACAGCGGUGUCAUAGGACUUUUUUCCCCUUCACUAAACCAGGCCUGGGCAUGGCCUGCACGUGAGGCGUCUGGCCCGCAGGCCGUGAGUUUGACAGCCCUGGCCUAGAACCUUUCCCCCUCCCCUAGCUGUGGAGGAAUCACACUAUGAUUUGCUUAACCAUGGUUAUUUUUUUUUAAAAUAGACCACAAUUGGCUGGGAUCACACAACAUGCAAAUCCACCAUCCACAAUGGCUGAUUGAGGCUAUAUAAUGAGCCAUAGCCCAACAAAGGAGAUUUGGGGCUCAGCAUAUUGUGCAAAACCAGGAAUGGAUUUUAUAAACUGCCCGUCCCACUUUUCCAAUGCUUUAUAGCUGCAGAUGAACUGAAGUGAACUGCCCUGUGAAAAGUAUAGUACUUUUUACUUUUACAGCAACUGCAACUGGGUUACAUAAUCUCAGUUAAAGUAUAUAUCGGCUUUGUCAAAAGGGAGAAGGAUUCUUACCAGUCCUUUCCAUCCACUGCGGUUAUUGCACCAUAAACACUCUUUAUUUUGAACCAAAGCAGCUAGCAGGUUUUUUUCUUGGGCAAUGGGAGAUGUUGCCAUCUCUUCCCCUGAUGCCAAUCACUUCCAUGGCUUCCGGGACCUUGCUCAAGAAAGUCGUGUGAUUUGAUCAUCUCAUCUGCUUAAUAGGAUACCAGCAAAAUGCAUGCCAACACCCGAGCUUGGGUGAGCCCUCACUGUCAUUUUUUCAAGAGAAUUACUCACCUCUGUGUGUCAACAGCAGUUUAAGUAACUUGCCAAGCAUUUUGUUUCUUCUAGAGUCUCACUGUCUAGCCAAAAUGAGACCGUUUUUACACCAUAUCAUUCUUCUAGUGCCCUACUGGUUCCCAGCAUGGGAUUACAGGCUUCUCACCUGUCUUCAUUCUCCAGAGCUAUUUCGCUCUUCAGUGUCUUAAAGCUUGAAUCAGAUGUAUGUUCAGAUUAAAGUUGUCUGUAAAGUAUCUAUAAUGAUUAGGAAUAGCUUUAUUUUGCCAUUUUCAAAUAUGGAUGUUUCAUUCCAUAAAGGGAGAGUUUUUAAUUUUAAUUUUAUUUUGGUAUAUCGAUAUUCUAAAUAAAAUGUGAUUUUUUUGGU